UCCCGGACGGUGUCAGCCUCGGUUCAGUCAGCCUGCAGAGACACCGGAGAGACACUGACGGACACCUGAGGACAGGUACCCGGUUAUUCACUCCGAGCCUCGCGUGACGGUGUCCGGAUGAGUUUUAAGGUGGCUCGUGCACGAUGCUAAGCGCCGUUAAAAUGGAAGGACACGAGCACGCGGAUUGGAGCGGCGGCAACUACUACGGAGAGACCGAGGUUGGUGCACUCUUUCUCGGCUUCAGUCCGAGCUGAGCCUCGCUGGUUGCCGGGGAGAAUAUCAGCCCCUAUAGAUGAUGAAUUUUAAUUUAAUAAGAUUAAUUAUCGAUCUGGAAACAUGGAUUUAUUUACAGAUAAGAUCUAACACGUUCAUUAGCAUAGAUUACUCUGAUUUUAUCUGAUUUUAAUACAUAGAUAAAUAAACAUAUUUAAAUCCACGUUUUCUUACAUAAGAGAUUUGGAUUUCAAAUGAAGGCCUCGGCUUUUAUUAUUAUUAUUAUUGUUUUUAUUAUUUAUCUCAAUCAUCUUCAAUUAUCUAAAAAAUGUAAAUGUCAUUUUUUGCACUUACUAUUAUGUUUUCAUGAAGUAGGAGCUUUUUUUGGUGAAUUCUGCUGAAAAAUAAUCUGUCAGAAAAAUAUCUCAAACCAAAAUAUGGCCUGUUUUUUCUUUGGAGAUGUUUACUGGAUCCUUUUUAAAAGCUUAUAUGUUCAUAACUCGUACAUGUAGAAUAAAGGCCUUUCCGCAGACUAAAUACUUGCUUUUUAAAUGACUUAUAAUAACUUAAAUUGUUUGUUUUAAAGCGGUGAAUUAAGACAAAUAGGCUAUUGAAAUGUGAAACUUGAUUAAAAAAACAGAAAUUACGUUUUCAGACAUAUUAUUUAAAUUUCUAUCAAUAGUGAAAAGAAAAAAAUCUGCUGCUUUUGUAUUUAAAAAGAUCAGUUUGCAUCACCUUAAUAUAGAAGAAUGGGCUAAAUAAAAUAGAUUAAAUAUAAUUAAAUUAGAUUAAAUGUCUUUCAGGUCCACGUUGAGUUUAGGGAAAUCUCAUUUUCUCCUCUCAUUAUAGAGGUUAUCAAAUCUAAGUAACCUAACGCUCAGAGACAAAUGAAACGCUCUUUAUUUUAAAUGGUUGUGAAAUGACUCUUGAAUUAAAUUUGGGCUACUGUUAAUAAUGAUGAGGCUACAAUGAGGGAUAGAUAUGAAGAAUACAUUAAUGAAGAUGAUUUCUGUGGGAAAUGUCAGAUUACUUCAAAUGAUACCAACAACAUCAAACAUGAUUUUACUGGCUGUAUAAUUAUUGGAUGUUUUUUUCCCCCCAAUUAUUUCUAAUUUAGGGUUUGAAAUAUGUGGGGUUUUUUUCCCUUCACAGUGAGUCUGACAGAGUUUGUGUUUUUCCUCUUUGGUUUCACGGUAUCUAGGCCUUCAUAAAGACCACACAGUCCUGCCAUCAUGGAGCCUUAUGAGGGCUAAUACAUAAUUAAUUUCAGAGUUAUAAUAAAGAAACGGACUGUUGCUUUGUUAUAUUUUAUUUUGAUGGACGUGGAUUAAAAAAUGUAAUUUAAAUUAAAGCAAAAAAUAAAUGACAUUGGUGUGUAACUGUGAUCACAAUUAUCAGAGUGAACAGAUUAGACUGAAACAACUGAAGAAGGUUAAUUCAUAAACAUGCAGUUUUAGGGUAACUGGAAAAUCGACUAUAAGAUCUGGCACCAAAAUACCUGUUUGAUGUAGUAAUUAUUCUUCUGUGACUUCAGAAAGGAGGAGAGUCGAUUAAUCGCAGAAUAAAACUGAGAAUUUGAUGGAUGAUGACUGAUUAUGAUGACAUCACUGAGGGUUUUUACUCUGUUGAUAAUGAUCAAUAAAAAAAUAAAACAUUGAGUUUCAGUUAUUUCUUCUUCGAUGAAAUUUAGUGUGAUUUUCGAAACUGAUCGGUUUCACGCUUUUCAGAGAUGUUCUCGAUCAAACGAUUAAACUCCGAUCAGUCGAUUAUCCGGUGAUGGAAAUGGUCGAUUUUUGAAACCUCAGUAAAUCUGAAUGAAUUUUUGAUUUACUAGAAGUAACAUAACUCAAUUUCAUGAUUUAAUUGUCUGUAUUUUGUCAGAUUUGUAUUUUUUCGUUUAUACAACUCAAGAUCCUGUUACCUGUGCUCACCUGUGCUCGCUUGUGUUUCAGUGUUACCCGUCUGUGAACAGCCUGGGUUCCGGUCUGUCCAUGAACUCUAUGAGCAGCUACAUGAACGCGCCAGGCCUAACUAGCGCUGGACACAUGAACGCGCACUACAUGAACCCGGUCGGGGUCAACCACUCCACGGUGCCCGCCGGGGUGUCACAGAGCCCCGGGGCUGGAUCCGGUAUGGCCGGUUUGGUGAGCCCCCUCAGCCCGCCGCCGUACGGGAGCGUGCCGGUGCUGAACCCGGUGUACGGAUCCCGAGAGCCCAAACCCCCAUACCGGAGGAGCUACACGCACGCCAAACCCCCGUACUCCUACAUCUCCUUGAUCACCAUGGCAAUCCAGCAGUCCGGGAGUAAGAUGCUGACCCUGAACGAGAUCUACCAGUGGAUCAUGGACCUGUUCCCGUUUUACCGGCAGAACCAGCAGCGGUGGCAGAACUCCAUCCGGCACUCGCUCUCCUUCAACGACUGCUUUAUCAAGGUGCCCCGUUUACCGGACAAACCGGGCAAAGGCUCCUUCUGGACCCUGCACCCGGACUCCGGGAACAUGUUCGAGAACGGCUGCUACCUCCGCCGACAGAAGCGCUUCAAACUCGGGAAGAAGGCCGGGACAGGGGCGCAGGAGGCGGCGGGGAAGGCGGGCUCGGAGGGCGGCUCGCUGUCCUCCAGCAGCGCCGGUUCAGACUCCCCGCACUCCUCCUCAUCCUCCUCUUCCUCCUCCUCUUCCUCCCCUCCCUCCUCUGAAGUCAAACCAGGUGGACUCGACUUUAAACUAUGCCCACCCAGCCCCGCGCGCGUGCCCUCCCCUCAGCACCUCUUCUCCCACCAUCACCCUCUGUUUGUGCACGAACCCGCCCACCUGAAACCGGACCACUACCACCCCCACCCCCACCCCCAGUACUCCUUCAGCCACCCGUUCUCCAUCAACAACCUCAUGUCUGAUCCGGUGGGUCAGUACGGAGCGUACGGCUGUCCGGUGUCCGGGGCGCUCAUGACGGCCAGAAACGGCCUGGACCCCGGUCACAGCGAGUCCAGCUACUACCGAGGAGUGUACGGCAGGACCAUCAUGAACUCCUCCUGA